GUUUCUGUGGCAAUGCAAACAAUAUUUGUUUUUAUUAACACUUGAAAGGUGGGGCCUCUGUGGAUCAUCUCACAGGUACGUGAUCAGAUUGGGAAAUGAGUUUCAGCCCCCAGUGUUAGGAGGUGGAUCCCGGAUCAAUCGGCCCUGAGACUAGUCAAAUUAAGAGGUCUCACUCUGAUCUUUUUCCGGAAUAUUUCUAAGACGUGUACUGUACGAUACUAUACACACACACACACAAUCUACAUAUACAAACAAUGUUUGAGAGAAACUGGUAAGUUGAUAGGUAGUGACGCUGUGAAUCUAUUAAAUGCCGCUAAGACAGAUAAAAAUGUAGAGCUCAGACUGACGCGGGGCUGAAAGGGAGUUUUCUUCUAGUGUGAUGCAUCUUAACGUUUAAGCGAUCUUUUCCAUGACGCACAUUUUGCGCGAAACUCAAUGUGGAAAGUUUAACGAGAACACGGACUAUUUAGAGAUGAGUAAAAAGGACAACGGGGCGUCGGUCAUCCUGGCCUACCUGAACGAGAAGAACCGUCCCUACAGCGCUCAGGAUGUCUUCUGUAAUUUGCAGAAGCAGCACGGGUUGGGGAAAACGGCAGUGGUCAAAGCUGUGGAGCUGCUGGCUCUGGAAGGAAAGAUAAAGGAGAAAACGUAUGGAAAGCAAAAGAUCUAUUUUGCCGAUCAGGCCCAGUUCAAAGACGUGAGCGACGCCGACCUGAAGUCAAUGGACGGCCAGAUCUCAGAGCUCAGCGCGGAGGUGCAGUCCCUCACCCAGAGCUGCAGACAGCUGGAAACAGAGCUGAAGGAGCUGAACAGCUCCCUCACGACAGAGGACAUGACCUCGGAGAUCCGAGGGCUGAAAGAGGAGUGCUCAGGAUACCGAGCGCGCCUGGAGAAGAUAAAGUCGGCCACAAACCACGUCACGCCACAAGAGAAAGAGAAGGUUUAUAAAGAGCGGGAUGUGUACGUCAAAGAGUGGAAAAAACGGAAGAGAUUGGCUUCAGACAUGAUCAACGCAAUUCUGGAGGGAUAUCCAAAGAGCAAAAAGGAGUUCCUGGACGAGGUUGGAGUGGAGACGGAUGAGGACUGUAAGGUGGCCGUUCCAAGCACUUGAACAAGAAGCCGCUAAGGAAAUGAUGCCCGAUGCCGCAUACUGUACAUUAUUUAUGGACUUUCUUUUGAACACAUUUUAAUGGAUGUUGAAGGAAAUGAUGAUAAUAAUAAUUAUUAUUAUAUCUGGAAUAUAUUUUACAGAAACAGUUAAUCCAAUUCUGACUUCACAAUGGAAAUGUCAUUGCAUUCUGUGUUCUCGUUCGUGUUCUGGUCAGCAUGGAUGGUUUUCAUGUGGCUGCAGUUAUUACAGUGAAUUUGUUUUAUAUUUCAUCCUGCUUUGUACUUGUUUUUUUUUUCUUCCUUAAGUUAUUAAACGUUCACAACUAA